AUGCCUGCUACCCAACCAGAGCUCGGUACGGACCCCCUCCCCAUCAUCUGGAAGGGCGAGGAGGAGUACGAGGAGGCCCGGGUUGGCCGCGUCUUCAACCUCCGCCGUCCCAAGCGGUACCCGGUCGGUGUCCUCGAGGCCCGCAACGUCAGCGAUGUGAUCCGCGGUGUCAACCUCGCCCGUGAGCGUGGAAUCCAGGUCGCUCUCCGCAGUGGUGGUCACUCAUGGGCCGCAUGGAGUGUUCGCCCCCAGUCGCUCCUCAUUGAUCUGGGCAAGAUGCGCGAGCUGUCAUACGAUCCUGUCACCAAGAUCGCGACCGCUUCGCCUGCCAUCACCGGGGGCGAGCUCAACCCCCUUCUUUCGCGCUACGGCCGGUUCUUUGCCGGAGGACAUUGCCCCACAGUCGGCAUCGGUGGCUUCCUCCUGCAGGGCGGUCAGGGAUGGUGGGCCCGCGGUCUUGGUUGGUCGGCAGAGAACAUUGAGUCGAUCGAUGUCGUCCUUCCGUCUGGCGAGCUCGUCACCGCCUCGGAGAAGGACAACGCCGACCUGUUCUGGGCUGCCCGUGGCUCUGGACCGGGCUUCUUCGGCGUCGUCGUGCGGUUCCGUCUCCACACCCGCCCUCGCCCACUUGACAUGCACCACGUCACGUACAUUAUGCCCGCCAAGGAGAACUUCCGCGCCGUCAUUACGUGGCUUCAGGAGGCUUGCCGCGGCGAGCUGGGCCCCAAGGUCGAGGUCGUCUGCCUGGCGUUUACCCGGGGACGCCUCUUUGGCGAGACCGGCCCUAACGAGCUGGAGAGCAUGUUGGUCAUUCGUGGCACUUCAAACACAGACUCGGAGGAGGAGGCCCGUGAGGCUUUGGCCCCCAUGCUCAAGUGCCCCGGUGCCGCCAACGCCGAGGUCCGCGCCGAGAUUGUGCCGACGUCGAUGCCAGAGGAGUACGCCCGCCAGCUCGCCGACAACCCUCCUGGCCAGUACUUCCUGGGCAACUCGUGGCUCGUCGGUGAGCCCGCCGACAUUGCCGACUCGCUCGAGCUGGGCUUCACCACGCUGCCCUCGCGCGAGUCCUUUUUCCUGUACUACAACAUGGCGCCCCUCCGCCCCCUGCCGGACAUGUCCUUUACCCUCCAGAGCGAGCACUAUGCUGCCGGCUACAUCAUCUCCACGGGCGACGACGUGCCCGAGCAGGAGCGCUGCGAGCAGUGGCUCACCGACCGCCUGGCGUACAUUGACAGCAAAAAGGACGGCUCGGGCGGCACCAUUGGCAUGUACCUCGGCGACUCGGACCUCGCGCACCGUGCUGGCAAGAUCAUGUCCGACGAGGCAUGGGCCAAGUUUUGCAAGAUCCGUGACGCUUACGACCCCAACCACAUGUUUGCCGGAUACCUCCACGGCGACAGCCUCUUGAAUGUCGAGGCAUGGAACCAGCCAAACUACAAGCCAUACAAGGCGCCGGCCUAA